GGUGCGACCGGCAAUUCGACCAAUCAAAAGCGACAUUUUUUAAAUUUCAAGGACCGCUUAGUUGAACAGAAUAUGAGUUAAACUCUUCAAAUAAAUUCGCAGAGAUAUUUUAUUGCCAGGUGACCAAAAAGGCGCCUCGACACUCGGCGACAUCCACGACGAGGGCGCAACCAUCUCGCUCCGUCGAAGCAUCUAAACGGCGCCAAUGCAGAUCGUAGAGAGGAUGCUGCGGAGGGCAAUGCAAACUGCUUCUCUUGGCCAAUAUUUGGCUGCUGGAGCUGCGAUCCUUCGUAUUACUGGUAUGCACAUCGAACGGUUUGCUUGUGCAAUGGACGAUGUAGAGUGUUUUCACUCGAGCAUGGCAUGCGAUGGAGCAUUCGAGAAUACCCGACCCUUCAACCAUGUUGCAUGGACAGCGUUGUUUGCUGCGAUGUUUACAUGGUCGUCGAGCGGCAUAUCGAACGGAGACAGCCUCCUCGUCUUUCGCCUGGCCGCUUGCCUGGGCAUGUUUCAAGUCAACAUCCUUUGAAUGGCCCUCAUGCAUACAUAC